AUGAAGAAAAACGACAAGGAUCUGAAAAUCAGAUGCGUAUACGAAGGCUCGGCAAAAAUAAAGGGAGGCUUAAGCCUCAACGAAGACUUGUAUCGCGGACCGGUCCUCCUACCUGACCUCGUUGGAAUCCUCAUCCGCACUAGAUUAUGCGAAAUCCUUAUCUCAAGCGACAUAGAGGAAGCCUUUCUUAUGGUUAGUCUGAACCGUGUAUCACGAGAUUACACCAGAUUUUUAUGGUUGAAAGAUCCCACCGCUUCACUAUGCCCACAAAGCUAA